UUGCUAGAAAAGCAUAGAAGCUUAAGAGGAACAUUAACUUCAAAGAUUAAAGAAUCAGUUUUCGCCGUAUUUGGCGAAAAUAUUUUGCUUCCAAUCAAUACGAAGGCGUCAGCAUUAGAGAACAGCCAAUGGAAGUCCUCCAAAAAUGUUAGAAGGUGUUAUACCUAUCUUUUUCAGCUAAUGGCUAAAGGGAGUAACAUCUCCUAUAUGGCCCGAAUAAUAUAG